AAAAAAAUAUUAAAAGGCGGGGGUGGCAGGGUGAGGGGGUGGAAUCUCUGCAGAAACCUGCAGCAUUUUGAAUUUUUUCCUCCAGGCUCCUGAUUUCAAAUGAGUAGGUGCUUGAUUUUUCACAAAUGGUAGAAGAAAAGCUAAAACCUAUCUAACCCUUACAUUAUAGACACUGCGUAAGCACUUUAUUAACCUAAUCCGCAAAUAUUUAUUCAGAGCAUCCUAUUUAACCUACGCAAUUCAUGUCGUCGUCACAUCGGGCUAUGAUAUACUGUUGUUCUUCACAUUUUUAAAACCAGUUCUGAGAGCAAAGCCAAACAAUUGAUAAAUACAGAUCCGGCGUCUCAUCUGGAUUCCAAAUCCAAAGUUCUAAACCAUAAAACAGAACGAAAGAAAAUUAGCGAUUUCUAAUUCCGUCACCCGAAACAAUGAACGGCCGAUAAAUCUCGCGAUACUAUUGAAACUACUACCCCCAAAAUGCACAGCGGCUUCGGUCCAUCUGCCUAUCCCCUGGAGUCUGGAGGGUCCCGGCAUGCCUCAAGGCGCGAAAGGCAGCCUGGGAACCGUAGUCCUCUUGGACGCCUACCGGUAUUGCCAGCGCGGCAGUGGCGGAUCUCGGUUCCGUCCAGCGGGUUCUGUAAAGCGAGCUGAGGCGGAGAAAGGGCGCGGAACUGGAAAGGGGUGAGUCAGGCGCUGGCUACGUGAUAAAGGGAGGCGGCACUGCGGCAUAAGACUGAAUUAGGUAAAUGGACCCGUGCUGCAGUCUCUCCGGAGACACCGCGAUCUAGCGCCAGCGAGAAGAGGGCGAGGAGGAGCCAGAGCCCGGUCCUUGCACCCGUUCUCGCCCUCGUACCCCGCCGCCAUCUCCACCAUGCAGUCCCGGGAAGAAGCUCCGCGCUCUCGCCGCCUGGCCAGUCCCCGUGGUGGGAAGCGGCCCAAGAGGGUUCACAAGCCCACGGUUUCGGCUUUUUUCACGGGCCCGGAGGAGCUGAAGGACACGGCUCAUUCUGCAGCCCUGCUGGCGCAGCUGAAGUCUUUCUACGACGCGCGGCUGUUAUGUGAUGUGACCAUCGAGGUGGUGACACCUGGCAGCGGGCCUGGCACCGGCCGCCUCUUCCCCUGCAACCGUAAUGUGCUGGCUGCCGCGUGUCCCUACUUCAAGAGCAUGUUCACAGGUGGCAUGUACGAGAGCCACCAGGCGAAUGUGACCAUGCAUGAUGUGGAUGCCGAGUCCUUCGAGGUGCUGGUCGACUACUGCUACACAGGUCGUGUAUCCUUGAGUGAAGCCAACGUGGAACGCCUUUACGCGGCCUCUGACAUGUUGCAGCUCGAGUACGUGCGGGAAGCUUGUGCCUCCUUCCUAGCCCGCCGCCUUGACCUGGCUAAUUGCACCGCCAUCUUUAAGUUUGCCGACGCCUUCGGCCAUCGCAAACUGCGAUCACAGGCCCAGUCCUUCAUCGCCCACAACUUCAAGCAGCUCAGCCAGAUGGGUUCGAUUCGGGAAGAGACUCUGGCAGACCUGACCCUUGCCCAGUUGCUGUCUAUCCUGCGCCUUGAUAGUCUAAACAUAGAGCUUGAGCAGACCGUGUGUCAUGUGGCAGUGCAGUGGUUGGAAGCGUCUCCCAAGGAGCGGGGUCCCAACGCUGCGGAAGUCUUCAAGUGUGUCCGCUGGACCCACUUCACAGAUGAAAAUAAGGACUACCUGGAAGGGCUGCUGACUAACACCAUUGUGAAGAAGUACUGUCUGGACCUUAUCGAAGGGGCCCUGCAGAUGCGAUACGGUGACAAGUUGUGCAAGUCUCUGGUGCCGAAGCCAGAGAGCAGUGGCGGCAGCAGCGGCAGCGGCACUAGCGGCGGUGGCGGUGGCAGCGGCGGCAGCGGCAGCGGCAACAGCAGUGGCGGCGGUGGCGGCGGCAGCGGCUGCGGCAGUAGCAGCAGCAGCUCUAUGGUACCUACAUCAGAAAAUCCGCCCCAGAGGCUGGGUGUGUGCGCUAAGAAGAUGGUGAUCUUCUUUGGACAUCCUAGGGAUCCCUUUCUGUGCUGUGACCCAUACACCGGAGAUAUUUACAAAGUGCCGUCACCUCUGACCUGCCUUGCUCACACCAGGACUGUAACCACCUUAGCUGUCUGUGUCUCUCCAGACCAUGACAUCUACCUGGCUGCCCAGCCCCGGAAAGACCUGUGGGUGUAUAAGCCAGCCCAGAAUAGUUGGCAGCAGCUUGCCGACCGCCUGCUGUGUCGCGAGGGCAUGGAUGUGGCCUACCUCAAUGGCUACAUCUACAUCUUGGGUGGGCGAGACCCGAUUACCGGCGUUAAAUUGAAGGAAGUGGAAUGCUACAGUGUUCAGAGAAACCAGUGGGCACUGGUGGCUCCGCUACCCCAUUCUUUUAUAUCCUUUGAUCUAAUGGUAAUUCAGAACUAUCUUUAUGCUCUCAACAGCAAGCGCAUGUUCUGCUACGAUCCUAGCCACAAUAUGUGGCUGAAGUGUGUUUCUCUGAAGCGCAAUGACUUUCAGGAAGCCUGUGUCUUCAACGACGAGAUCUACUGUAUCUGUGACAUCCCAGUCAUGAAGGUCUACAAUCCAGUCAGAGGAGAGUGGAGGCAGAUCAAUAAUAUUCCCUUGGUGUCGGAGACCAACAACUACCGGAUAAUCAAUCACGGCCAAAAACUGUUGCUGAUCACGUCGCGCACCCCACAGUGGAAGAAGAACCGGGUGACCGUGUAUGAAUAUGACACUAGGGGAGACCAGUGGAUUAACAUAGGUACCACGUUAGGCCUCUUCCAGUUUGAUUCCAACUUCUUCUGCCUGUCAGCUCGUGUUUAUCCUUCCUGCCUCGAGCCUGGUCACAGUUUCCUCACGGAGGAAGAAGAUGUGCCGAGUGAAUCCAGUACUGAGUGGGAUUUAGGUGGAUUCAGUGAGCUGGACUCUGAGUCAGGAAGUUCAAGUUCUCUAUCUGAUGAUGAUUUGUGGGUUCAGGUAGCUCCUCAGUGAAAUGCACAGGAUCAGAAUUUGUUGUAGAUAGGUUGAAACACUACGGUGUUUUUACUGCUUUGGAAAGUGUCUUAAAGAGAUACCCUUUCUCUUUGCUGGGAAAACAACAAAACAAAACAGGUUGAUUAAUUUCAGGUUUGGUUUAGAAAGGGUAUUGUUUGAAAUACUAACAUAUUUAAUGUUAGGGAGUUUAUACACUCAAAGAAAUCAACCUAUUUAAUAAUUUACUGUUCUAAAAGUCCUAUAUUGAUUUGAUUGUUUGGUAUGUUUAUGUUCGAUUAUACUAAUUUAGUCUUCUGUUCUUAAAUCUUAUAUUCUGUUUCGUGCCACAAGUACUGUGACUUGAAUUUUGAUUUUUAAAAUAGAAAACUUACUGGCUAGGAAUUACCAGGUGGGGUUUUGAAAGUAUAUAUUUUCCUUCAGAACAGGGUAGUAGGUUUCCAAAACUUUAAAUUAGUGGGUUAUUACAAAAUGUGUUCUAAUUUAAAUAUAGUUUGCCAGGUUUUAGUUUCGUUACCUCCCCUGUGUGAAGAAGAGAAACAAAGAAAGCUUAUGUGUUUAAUGUGACUGGUGAUUUCAUUUGUAAUGAUGUGCAGAAUGGCAGUAAGCUCACUAAAAGUAAAAACGAAGCAAACAAAAACAGGAUUCUACUGUUUGGAAAGAAAUUCGUUUUAAAUUUGUAAUAUAAAAUGUGUAUUUGCAAACAGUGACCAGUUUUCCAUCUGUUCUAGUAGUGUCACCAGUCAUUGAGAAACCUUAAAAAAAACAAAAACAAAACUAACUUGCUUUGUCGCUUCACAUUUUUGACCUAUACUUGAUACAUGCUUCACAGAAUCAGAGGAAUAAUCCUCUUUUUCACUGGAGACGAUUGUGUAAAUUUGUAUCCAUUGUCUUAAAAAGUUUAUGUGACUCUUAAAAUACUUGGGCUGUACAAUUUUAGUGUUCAUCUGAGAUUUGUCAGCAAAAUGUGAUUAUUCUUUGCUGUUUAAUGAGAUAAUAUUCGUUUUGAAAAUAUGUGUAAGCUAAGAACAGUAUUUUAUUGAGAUCAGUAGAUAUUGUGUCUAUCAACUAUAAAAUCAAGUGCCAGCAAAGGACUUUAAAACUUUAAGUUGUGUAUAGAACUGUUUUGUGUAGCAUUGAAAUAUUGUCAGUUUUUGUAAGUCACUAAAUGUUAUUAUCAGCUUAAAGGUAUUUUUGUAUUAAAAGUUUACAGUUAAAUAACAUAAGUGAAUGAUGGCAUUUGGGGCCAGUAGUGAAAGUAUAUUUCGUCUAAAAUAUUUCCCUAAGCAGUGGUAUACAUGGUUAUUUUAUUAGGAUAUUUGUAUUUGUUCUGUGUUUCUCUGUGAACCACGCUCCAGUCUUUGUUUCUGUCACACUACGUAAGGGAAUGUUCAGAAACAGAGACUAAAUCAUAACAAAACUGACAUUGCUAAAUACAAGUGCUUACCUCUUGAGGGUUUACUAGAUAUGGUUGUCACGCUACAUACACGUGAUAAUGACCGGUUACUUAUGGUGUAUAUGUUUUUUCUAUACCCAGUUAGAAUUUUCUUCUUGAAUCUUCAUUUAGUAACAUGCUAAUUCCUCUUCGACGUUUAUGCUCUAGUGACAGAAUGCUAACAUUUCUUACACCCUGGCUGAGUACAGAGGAUUGUGCUCUCAGGUGGGGACCUGAAUUUUUUAAUGAAAUACCAUAGGAUGAAAAUGGAGAAAGGGAGACACAAAAGGUUUAAAAAAAGAAAAAAAGGUUGUCAGCCAUUUUGAUUGGCCAUUUGAAGAUACUACACAACAUUCCUGUUUAACAUUUUUAGUGAAAUAAGAUGCUUGUCCUAACAGUACGUGUUCCUUCAAAAGGGCAAACAUGCUUUUAGUUGUGUAAGACUACGUUUUGUUCUAUUUAACAGCAGGGUUGUUACGAGCACUGUACUUAACACAAAGCUGUGUCUCAGUAGUGUAUUUGGCCAAUUUUUUCUUCACCAGUAACUUCUUGUGGGUAGCUUUUUGUUUUGUAAGGUUGAAAUAGGACAGUGCUGAUCUUAACCAGAUUGUCCAUCUGCAGAAUUAAGGUAUGCAAACGAUUGAGGAGUGACAAAUUCUCUGAUUUGUCAUUCUCAACCUUUGAGUUAGUAAAAGCUAAGUAGCAGUGAUAUCUUGGUUUACAAAGAAGUUUUCUUGGGAAGAAUUUUGGUUUCGUGAUAUAUUUGUGAAUUAGAGAAUCGGUGUUAAUCAUUAUUUUAUAGGUAAGUGAUUUGUAUGUGAUUAGUUGCAAAUAAAACUGGUAUUAGAACCUAAA